CCUUCUAUUUUCUGAGCUCAAUGAAGACAAAAGAAACAAACCCGUUUACAAAACAACAGAAUAGUUAGGUUUUAGGUAACAAUGAGAAGCUGGUUUGUUUACAGGAAGCAUCAACCUACCGGUGUUGGUUUCGCCUGCUUUCCUCUAAAACUACACCCCCACUGUGAGAACGCCUAAUGGACGGCAUGUUUUAAUGGUUAUGUCAAAGAGGAACACUGCGACCUGGACACAAGCACUAAGCCGGCAACGCAUCUGUUUGGUAGAUAAUGUCCCAUAACUAAGAGGCUUAAUGAAAUUCUACCAAAAUGAGGGGCGGCGUGCACCGAUCUGUUUGCUGUGACGAAUGGACAGGCUGGGAUCAAAAACAAGAAACGAAAGAAAGUGGUGACGCGUCCUCCACGUCACGUCAACAGAAUAUUGUUUAUCAGCAGAGCAAUAUCCUCGUAAAAGAGCUCACAGGCAGCGAUACAGCGAAGCAACGAAGAUGAUAACGUACCAAUUUACUGCAAAUGCCAAUAAAAAGUGACUCCGGAUUUCAACCGAAUGUAAAGCGGCUGCGGAACAGCACCCGUACAGCAGCGGACUCUUUUCGUCUUUAUUCAAGUAAAUGUGUCCGCUUCCACCGCCUGCGGACCGGACCGUCAACAACAUGCCAAUGACGUUCCAGGGCUAAAUGCAGGCAUUGUCGCGUCCUACCUGCUCAGUGGCCCAGUGGUUAGAGUGUCCGCCCUGAGAUCGGGAAAAUGGACGGGCAAGGCGACGGAGACCACAAUGGUCCAAAUCGUUACCGUAUGUCCAUGCCAAUAGGAGAUCUACCAUCUGAUAGUGAUGAUGAUGAUGAUGAUGAUGAUGAUAAUGAUGACCAUGACGAUGGUGGUGAUGAGGAAGACGUGGAAUCUGUUUUCCUCAUGCAUUUAAUAGUGAAUCAUUACAUGAGGUUCUUUGUAAAUCCGCGAGCAGAAUUGCAACAUCAUCAUAAUACUGAUGAUAUCAAUAAUGUCUAUAUUGAAAACAACCGAGGUAACUUUGAUGAUAUCAUUGAACAUGAAGAUGAGAUGGAGGUCGCUGUCGGGUCCGAGGCUGAGUUGGGAGUCAACAACCUCAUGGACGAGGAGGAAGAACCCCAGCCGGGACCCUCGAGGAACCGAUCGAGAGAUGACGACGAAGAGGAAGACGAACUGAGAAGCAGCAGCAGAUAUUUCCGAUGGUGGCACGAGUUCGAUAACAGUUCUGACGGCAGCACUGACUUAGAUGCCGACGAGCAGGACGCUCAGCCCGGCGGAUCCAAGAAAAGGUCGAGGGACGACCAGGAUGAGAAUUUAAGACUGCAGGGGGACUUGUCCCUCAUGACUCUCAGCGGCCAUCACGCCCACGCCAAGAACUCUGUGAUGGACGAACAAGGAGCUUCUAAAAUGGGAGAUUAUCCCUUUGUGGAGCCAGAGACUGCGGAAGACGCGCUACUGCUGCAUUUGGAUGAACGGGCGAGAGAAAGCUACGACAAAGAAAAGUGCGGCAAAAAAAGGUUCAAGAAAUGAGAUUCAGUGUAUAGUGAUAGUAUAUUGCAAAAACAUUUCUAUUACUGAGUCAAAUACUACAACGUAUACUCGUGCCAGGCAACUGUCCUUAUUAAUUCUGCAAUGACUGCUCUGAUCAAUGCAAACAAUCUAAUUGAUACACUAGGUCCCAGGCAAGGAUGUUGAAAGUACUCAAGCGUAGAUGUUUUGUGAAAAGUGAUCACUGAGAAAAUUGCUCUUUUACAUUCUAUGAACAAUACAAACAACAAAUAGAAAUAAAGGUAGACACUGGGAAAAAUAACA